UUCAUUAUAAGGUUUCUUAGUUCAUAUACUCUACAAAUGUGCUCGAAGUUAAAUAAUUUUAGGGCUAUGGAGGCAUCCAAGUAUUUUAUAUUGCUUACAAUGUGUGCUCCAAUUCUAGGCCUACCACCAAGUAACAACAGCUCAGAGAUUAACUGUGAGAACAGUGGCGACUGUAGUUCGGGCAAAGUAUGUGUAAACUUUAAGUGUGGAGAUCCGUGCCAUGGAGGAUGCGGCCCUAACACCAUUUGUCUUACAGUCGACAAAGUCUCUAUGUGUGCGUGUAAACCUGGUUUUACUGGCUACCCUUUCAAUGGCUGCUAUCCUGAAGAAUGCAGGAUGGACUCUGAUUGUCCCGAGGAAAGAGAAUGUAGGAACAAACGUUGUGAGGAUGUCUGUAAAAAUGCUUGUGGACUGAAUACUCAUUGCAAAGGCAUAAAUCAUUAUCCUGUAUGCUCCUGCAGUCCAGAACAUGUUUGGAAUCCGUUCUUAGGAUGUCAAGUUCAAAAGGCUAAAGACUGUACUGAAGACUCGGACUGCCUCUCAAACCGCACUUGCAUCAAUUACGAGUGUGUGGACCCUUGUGACAGUGUCUGCGGUAACAACACAAUCUGCACUGUCGAGAAUCAUCAUACUGCUUGUGCCUGCAGACCAGGCUUCAUCGGUAACCCUUUUCAGAAUUGUGUAGACCAAGAGAUUAAAGAGUGUACAGAACAUUCGGACUGUCUCUCAAAUCGCACUUGCAGCAAUUUCAAGUGUGUCGACCCUUGUGACAGUGUAUGCGGCAACAACACAAUCUGCACUGUCGAGAAUCAUACGAUAGCUUGUGCCUGCAAACCAGGAUUCGUCGGCAACCCUUUUCAGAACUGUGUAAGUCAAGUGAUGAAUAAAGAGUGUACAAUGGACGAGGACUGCCCCUCAAAUCACACAUGUAAUAAUGGCGUGUGUGCUGAAACUUGCAAUGCAGUCUGUGGCUUAAACACUAUCUGCAUUAUCAAAAACAAUCAUGCUGCUUGCUCCUGCAAGCCCGGAUUCGUUGGCAACCCUUUCCUGGAGUGUGAAGUUCAAAGUACCAUAGAAUUACAGAAGAAGUACUAUAUUGGAAAAGAACAGGUGACAUGGACAACUGCUAAUGAACGAUGCCGCAGUAAGGACAUGUAUUUUGCUUCCAUUACAAGCCCGUCAGAACAGGACGAUAUAAAGAGAGCAUGCAAAGAAUCAGGAAUAGCAGGGUUAGUGUGGGUAUCUGGAUCUGACCUGGGCUCAACAGGUGAGUAUGUGUGGAGCUCUACAGGGAAAGGUCUUACGUAUACCAACUGGAAAUCUGGAGAGCCAGAGGAAGAGUAUCGAUGCGUAGCGUUCCAUACCUUUGAUUACAAAUGGGAAACGAGAGCAUGCGGCAUUGAACGCUACUAUGCAUGUGAAUAUUUUAGAAGUUAAUUCAUGAGAAAGCCACACUAAAUAUUCUAUUCAACAUAUGAUAUGAAAAAUCCAAUGUUAUAUCAAAGAAUGUUUUACAAAGUAGGAUGUUCUUGUAUAUACCUUCUUACUUUAUUAUACAGUGUGUAAAUUGGUUAUUCUUAAACCGUUAUUGUU